AUGUUACUUCCACCGUUGAAGCUGCAGCGAGCCGCGUUUCGUGCCAACUUCCAGUCAGCGGAAAUCACGGAUGACGUGCAGCUUUUCAAGCUGAUGUUGCCGCAUUUGACCUUCUUCCUGGAUGCAACGAAGCGCUGCGGCUUCGUGAGUGAAGAGCUGAAGGAUCUCAAUAAGCUCGGUGGCGUGGAGCUCAAGGCCUUGCAGGGCAUGGCAGCUGUGUUUGCGGGGCAGGCUUGGUGCGAUCUCAACCACCUGAAUCUGAAGAUCGGCAAUUCCGGCGCCAAGGUCGUGGCGGAGGCUCUGAAAAGCAGCACGACGCGUUUCCUCAACCUUUACAACAACGACAUCGGGGACGAGGGUGCCGAGGCUCUGGCUGCAAGCCUUAAGAGCAACGGAAAUUUGAGUCGUCUUCAUCUCGAGGGCAACAACAUCGGAGACGGCGGAGCUGAGGCUCUGGCUGCAAGCCUUAAGAGCAACGGAAGUUUGCAGACCCUCUGGCUCCACUCCAACAACAUCGGAGACGGCGGAGCUGAGGCCCUGGCUCAAAGCCUCAAGAGCAACAGAAGUUUGGAGUGGCUAGAUCUCCACUCCAACAACAUCGGAGACCGCGGAGCUGAGGCUUCCCAUUUUGAAGAGGCCCUGGCUCAAAGCCUCAAGAGCAACGGAAGUUUGGGGGAGCUCUCGCUCCACUCCAACAACAUCGGUGACCGUGGAGCUGAGGCCUUGGCCGCCGGGCUGCUGCAGAACCGAAGUCUGCAGUAUCUUCGGCUCAGCCCAUUCGGAUCCAGUCUGUGGCUUUGCGUCGGUUCCCGUGGCACACCGGGCCGCCAGGCACUUGAAGAGGCAGAGAAGAUCAAAAAGGAGCGGGGUGACGACGUCUGCAUCUACCGGGAGUGA